UUGGGGUCGAUAGUCCCCGGGAAUCCCCACACGCUUAGGCUCUUGGGAGUUGUGGUACUAAUCCAGUCAGGGUUGGAACCAUGGCGGUGACCAAGGAGCUCUUACAGAUGGACCUGUACGCGUUAUUAGGUAUCGAGGAGAAGGCGACGGACAAAGAGGUAAAGAAGGCAUAUAGGCAGAAGGCCCUCUCCUGCCACCCAGACAAAAAUCCGGAUAAUCCCAGAGCAGUUGAACUCUUCCAUCAGCUUUCUCAGGCCUUGGAGGUACUGACUGAUGCUGCCGCCAGGGCUGCAUAUGACAAGGUCAGGAAAGCCAAGAAGCAGGCAGCAGAGAGGACCCAGAAACUUGAUGAGAGAAGGAAGAAAGUGAAGCUUGACCUGGAGGCCCGGGAGCGGCAGGCCCAGGCCCACGGCAGCGACGAGGAGGAGGAGGAGGAGAGCCGGAGCACCGGGACACUAGAGCAAGAGAUCAGACGCCUGCGAGAAGAGGGUUCCCGGCAGCUGGAGGAGCAGCAGAGGGUGAUCCAGGAGCAGAUACGCCAGGAACGGGAACAGAGGUUGAGAGGAAUGGCAGAAAAUCCUGAAAGCAAAGGAACCCCCAAGCUAAAGGUGAGCCCUGCGGAUCUACGGGCCACCUCACACCAUCUCCUCUCAGCAGAACAGAUGCUUCCAUGGGCACAGCUCAAGUGGAAGAGCAAGGAGGCCAAGUCACAAGGCGGCUAUUCCAGAGAUGUCCUCCUGCGGCUUUUUCAAAAGUACGGAGAGGUGCUCAACCUGGUACUGUCCAGUAAGAAGGCAGGCACCGCCGUGGUGGAGUUUGCAACCAUCAAGGCUGCGGAGCUGGCUGUCCAGAAUGAAGUGGGCCUAGUCGAUAACCCUCUGAAGAUUUCCUGGUUGGAGGGACGGCCCCAGAGCACAAUGGGCCCUAACCACCCAGGACUGUCCCAGGGUUCCGUGCGGUCUGAGAGGGACUAUGAGAGCCUCGUCAUGAUGCGCAUGCGCCAGGCAGCUGAGAGGCAGCAGCUGAUCGCCCAGAUGCAGCAGGAGGACCAGGCUGGGCAGCCCACGUAGCCUCCUGCCUCCAGCCCUCCCAUCCCACAGCCCUUUUCUUAAACGUCACCAAUAAACUUUUUUUUUUUUUUUU